CCGUCUCGAUCGCUGCGUGCAAUAUGGCGCUAUGGAACGGUCUGGGGCAGGCUGCCACGGUUGCGCAGCUGGCGGGAGUGGAUGCUGGUGGGCUCAUCUCGAUGAUCAUCCAGGCCGUUCAAACCGUUCACCGCAACAGGGAGGAGUGCCGGCAGCUUGUCCACCAUGUCAUGAUGAUCAGCGAUCUCCUGCAGAUGCUUCAGCAAUCAGAGAUGAUGCAGCGCUCGGAGAUCAGGAGACCACUAGAAGGAUUGGAGGACACGCUACGACAGGCAUACAUGCUAGUCACUUCGUGUCAGCAGAGCAACGCCAUGUACCGCUUCAUGGCCGGAAAUCAGGCUCAAAAGUUCCGUGACAUCCGAGAUAGAAUUGAUUCAUAUCUCCGGAUCUACCCUUUGAUCAGCCACAUCGACACCAGAUAUUUUUUAACUGGACUUUACAGUCGUGCCGCCCAUCCUCCAGGCACCCAGCAGCCGGGCUGCAGGAAUGCUGAAGUUUUGCGAAAUAAGAAGCAUCCGUUUAGAUGGCUUGUUCAGUGGGCUCAAAGGCAGCCUGUUCAGUUGGUUCAAAGGGAGCCAUCAGCACAAGAAUCUACCUUCGAGCUCAUCGAUCAUGAACCAAAAGUUUUCAACUUCAGUGAGCUGGUGGCGUCUACAGAUAAUUUCUUAUAUAUGCUUGGACGAGGUGGUUAUGGUUCGGUCUACAAGGGUGUAUUGCCAAAUGGUGCUGAUGUCGUGAUAAAGUUCGGCAAUAGAUAUAGUGGAGAUAAGUUACAUGAAUUUCUAAAUGAGGUUCAAAUUGUCCCAAAGCUUCAGCAUGCAAAUAUUAUCAAAUUUCUGGGAUUUUGCAGUGAAGGAGACAAUAAGAUUUUAGUGUACGAAUAUAUGCCGAGAGGAAGUUUGCAAGACAUAAUUGAUGGUAUAUUUCACCUAAACUAUUUGCGGUUCAUGCUUAGUUCUCAUUUUUCAAGUGUUGUCACUGUUGCAGAGCUAAAAGCAGGUGUCAACCUCGCCUGGCCUUUAUGCUUUCGGAUAAUUGAAGGUAUUACCCAAGGUCUUGUUUAUCUGCACCAGCACUCCCGCCUCCACGUAGUUCAUGCGGAUAUAAAACCAAGCAAUAUUCUCUUGGAUUGUGAUAUGACUCCUAGGAUUGCCGAUUUUGGCACAGCCGAAGUCUUAAGUUCAGAAGAAGAUGAGAAAGAGACGUCUACUGUCAAAGGGAGUAUGUAA